CUGGAACAAAGUGGAAGGGAAGGAGGCAUCAUGCUGGCGUCUGGAGCUCAGCAUGGGCUGCGCAUGCAGCCCAACCUGCGCAGCUUCAGCACAGCAGUCGCAGCAAAUGCAGUUCCAGCACUGUCUGAGGCAACUAGCACGUCUGCGGGAUGGCUGUCAAAGCUGCUGGGGGGCUCAUCGCGAUUAACUGUCCCGAUGACAGAUCCUCUGCCCGGUGUAGAUCUCCCAGCACCAUCGCCACCACCAGCCAAGGCACCAACAACUGAAACAACUACUCUUCCAAAUGGAGUGACGAUCGCCUCAGAGCAGACCCUGGGCCCCACUGCGACUCUUGGUCUGUACGUCAACUCUGGAAGCGUCUAUGAGUCCCCCUCAGAGACGGGUUUGUCACAUCUGCUGGAGUACAUGGCCUUCAAGUCCACAUCCAACAGGACGCACUUCCGCCUUGUUCGCGAGGUUGAGGCGAUUGGCGCAAAUGUGCUGGCCUCAGCCUCAAGGGAACAGAUGGCGUACAACAUAGAUGUGGUGAAGACAAACGUGCCGGAUGCGCUGGAGAUUCUGGUGGACUCUGUGGUCAACCCGAAGUUUUUGAGCUGGGAGGUGAAUGCGGCCAUUGACAAGAUGCGCGAGGACAUCAAAUCCGUGAAGGACAACCCGCAGACGGUGCUCUUAGAGGGCAUGCACGAGGUAGCAUACACGGGGGGACUGGCGCGGCCGCUGAUCGUGCCGGAGAGCGCGCUGGCGGGCCUGUCGGCCGGCAAGCUGGCCGACUUUGUGGCGCGCAACUACACGGCGCCGCGCAUCACUCUGGCCGGCGCCGGCGUGUCGCAGGCUGACCUGGUCGGCCUCGCGCAGCCGCUGCUCGACUUCCUGCCCAAGGCCGCGCCCGCGCCGCAGCCCGCCUCCACCUACGUCGGCGGCGACUUCAGGCAGUUAUCGCCGGAUCUGACACACGCGAUGCUGGCUUUCGAGUUUGCGGGCGGCUGGAAUGACAUGAAGGGCAGCGUGGCCGUCACCGUGUUGCAGUUCUUGCUCGGCGGCGGCGGCUCCUUCUCUGCAGGCGGCCCAGGCAAGGGCAUGCACAGCCGGCUGUACAGGCGCGUGCUGAACGCGAACGAGUGGGUGCACAACUGCACCGCCUUCAACUCGCUCUACAACGACACCGGCCUCGUGGGCAUCUUCAUCUCCGGGGACUGCCAGGGCGACGCCAGGCGCAGCGGCAAGCUCGUCGACAUCCUCACCCAGGAGCUCCAGGCGGUCGCUAAGGGGGUGCCUGCCGACGAGCUGGAGCGCGCAAAGCUGGCCGCCAUCUCAUCUGUCUACAUGAAUCUGGAGAGCCGCGCUGUCGUGGCCGAAGACAUCGGACGCCAGAUCCUCACCUACGGCCACAGGAAGCCGGUGCCGGAGUUUGUCAAUGCGAUCAAGGAGCUGACGCCAGACGCCAUCGCCAAGGUGGUGGCCAAGAUCCUCAAGACGCCCCCGACAGUGGCCGUCCUGGGUGACAUCAGCAACCUCCCCCGCUACGAUGCUAUCGCUUCCCGCUUCCGAUGAGCACAGUGAAACGCUGCCCUCUGGCGUGCCCAAGACGGGCAGUUUGAGGCCGCAUGCUCAAGCCGUCGGUUUCUGUAGCAAGCUCUGGAGACGGGCUGAUGAAGCGUGAAGGUGCCAGCACUGCUGCUGCGAGAGAUGAAGUGCUUGGCAGGAGGGGGUAUCUUGAGAUGCUCUCUGGUGUCUACAUGGCCUUCUCAGGACCUUGCUUGCUUUUGUGGCGCGUGUGUUGAGCGGGUCAGAGAGUGCAUAUUAUGUGUGGCUGGGGAUGGGCUGCAGGUGUUGAUGUGCACAGAAGUAAGUAGGUUGCAAUUGUGACAUCCGCUUCUAAUUUAAGGGGCCUAAGAACACGACAAAUCACAAUUAUUUUGCACUCCAGUGCAUUAGCAAAACAACACGCUUCCCUGUAAGAUCCGAUUCAC